GACUUUCUCCUCUAUCUCUCUAAAAACGUUUUUUUACCGGUCACCGGUUUAUGGAAUGACUGAUUACCGGCUACAACCAACGAUGAAUCUCUGGACCACCGACGAUAACGCUUCUAUGAUGGAAGCUUUCAUGAGCUCUUCCGAUAUCUCAACUUUAUGGCCACCGGCAACGACCACGACGACCACGACGGCGACAACAUCAACUACGGCGACAGCGAUGGAGCUUCCGGCACCGGCGGGAUUUAACCAGGAGACUCUUCAGCAACGUUUACAAGCUUUGAUUGAAGGGACACACGACGGUUGGACCUACGCUAUAUUCUGGCAACCGUCGUAUGAUUUCUCCGGCGCCUCCGUGCUCGGCUGGGGAGAUGGUUAUUACAAAGGUGAAGAAGAUAAAGCUAAGUCGAGACAGAGAUCGAGUUCGCCGCCGUUUUCCACUCCGGCGGAUCAGGAGUACCGGAAAAAAGUGUUGCGUGAGCUUAAUUCGUUAAUCUCCGGUGGUGUUGCUCCGUCUGAUGACGCCGUUGAUGAGGAAGUGACGGAUACGGAGUGGUUUUUCUUGGUUUCGAUGACGCAGAGCUUCGCUUGCGGUGCGGGAUUAGCGGGUAAAGCGUUUGCGACGGGUAACGCGGUUUGGGUUUCUGGGUCGGAUCAAUUAUCCGGGUCGGGUUGUGAGCGGGCGAAGCAAGGUGGUGUUUUUGGGAUGCAGACUAUUGCGUGUAUUCCUUCGGCGAACGGAGUUGUGGAAGUCGGGUCAACGGAGCAGAUCCGACAGAGUUCGGAUCUUAUUAACAAGGUUCGAAUUCUUUUCAAUUUCGACGGCGGAGCUGGAGAUUUGUCGGGUCUUAAUUGGAAUCUUGACCCGGAUCAAGGUGAGAACGACCCGUCUAUGUGGAUUAAUGACCCAAUUGGAGCACCUGGAUCUAACGAACCGGGUAACGGAGCUCCAAGUUCUAGCUCCCAGCUUUUUUCAAAGUCAAUACAGUUCGAGAAUGGUAGCUCAAGCACAAUAACCGAAAACCCGAAUCCGGAUCCGACUCCGAGUCCGGUUCAUUCUCAGACCCAGAAUCCGAAAUUCAAUAACACUUUCUCCCGAGAACUUAAUUUCUCGACGUCAAGUUCUACUUUAGUGAAACCAAGAUCCGGCGAGAUAUUAAGCUUCGGUGAUGAUGGUAAACGGAGCUCCGUAAACCCGGAUCCAAGUUCUUAUUCGGGUCAAACACAAUUCGAAAACAAAAGAAAGAAGUCUAUGGUACUAAACGAAGAUAAAGUCCUAUCAUUCGGAGAUAAAACCGCCGGGGAAUCAGAUCACUCCGAUCUAGAAGCUUCCGUUGUUAAAGAAGUAGCAGUAGAGAAACGUCCAAAGAAACGAGGAAGAAAACCAGCAAACGGUAGAGAAGAGCCACUAAACCACGUCGAAGCAGAGAGACAAAGACGCGAGAAACUAAACCAAAGAUUCUACGCGUUACGAGCGGUUGUACCAAACGUUUCGAAAAUGGAUAAAGCUUCGCUUCUCGGAGACGCAAUCUCUUACAUCAACGAGCUUAAAUCUAAAGUAGUCAAAACAGAAUCAGAGAAAAUACAAAUCAUGAACCAGCUUGAAGAAGUGAAACUCGAGCUCGCCGGAAGAAAAGCGAGUGCUAGUGGUGGAGAUAUGUCGUCGUCGUGUUCUUCGAUUAAACCGGUGGGGAUGGAGAUUGAAGUGAAGAUAAUUGGUUGGGAUGCGAUGAUUAGAGUUGAAUCAAGUAAGAGGAAUCAUCCGGCGGCGAGGUUGAUGUCGGCGUUGAUGGAUUUGGAGCUGGAGGUGAAUCACGCGAGCAUGUCGGUGGUUAACGAUUUGAUGAUUCAACAAGCGACGGUGAAGAUGGGAUUUAGAAUCUAUACGCAGGAACAGCUCCGAGCUAGUUUGAUUUCAAAAAUCGGUUAAAAGGGUGUGUUUUGAAAUUUUAGAAAGUUAUGGGGUCAAAUCUUAAUUAAUUCGUUUUAGUGGCUUCAGUAAUUUUGUAGAUUUAGUUUUGUAUGAAAAAAUCUUAAAAUAGAGCGACAAGUUUCUU